AGGAUAGACGGAAAUGAGCUAAGGUUCCCGCGAGUGGGGAAGAGCGAGGUCAAACCUAGGGCCACGCCCCCAAGCCUGUUGCGCAACUCGGGGAACUGGGAAAAAAAAAAGGCGCAAUGGAGGUUUUGAAGUGUGUACGAAUGGGGGUGGUGAGUGCCGCGGCCUCCUGCCGUUAGGGAUUGGGUUACCUUCAGUGGCAAGCUCGAGUGGCCACGGGGUCGGUUGUGAGCGCGCGCCAGCACUCGUGGCGCUGGAAGUGUUACAGUUGAUGGCUGACCCUGAAACUAGUGCUGAUGAAGACCCCUAUGGGGAAGAAUGGCAAACACGGUAAUCCCAGCACUCUGGAGGUGAAGGCACAGUGAUCUGUUAUCACUCUGCUACAGAAGGAAUGGGGUUAAUGAACAAGAGUGAGGAAGAACAACACCUCAAACCCAACAACUCUGAUGUAUCCAAUGAAGAUCAAUAAGAAAUUCAACAAUUAGAAGAGGCAAGAUGGGUAAAUUAUUAGGAUUUUCUCUACAGUGGAUGAAGCCUCCAGGUAACAAAAACCAUGUCCUGAAUGAAGAACUAAGGAGGUGGAAGGCACAAUAUGGGGCUUCUUCUACAUGUAGGAUAACUUUUAUGGCUCUUUAGUGGAUCCACUGCAUUCUGGGAAAGAGGUGGAGGAAGAGAAGAUGAAGGAGACACACCUACUCUUCUUCAGUCUGGAGAAGACUGAAGCACCACUGUUCACAUUCUGAUGGAGAAGAGGACAAAGAUACUCAGAGAGAAAAAGUAAAGGACCGAAGAAGGAGACUGGAGAGACCAGGAUCCUUCCAGCUGAUCAAAAUCAGCCACAAAGCAGACUAGCCAGCCGACUACCACUGGAGUCAGAGAUCCAAAGACAUGGGUUUGUUAGAAUGCUGUGCAAGAUGUCUGGUAGGGGCCCCCUUCGCUUCCCUGGUGGCCACUGGAUUGUGUUUCUUUGGUGUGGCACUGUUCUGUGGUUGUGGACAUGAAGCACUCACUGGCACAGAAAAGCUAAUUGAGACUUACUUCUCCAAAAACUACCAGGACUAUGAGUAUCUCAUUAAUGUGAUCCAUGCCUUCCAGUAUGUCAUCUAUGGAACUGCCUCUUUCUUCUUCCUUUAUGGGGCCCUUCUAUUGGCUGAGGGCUUCUACACCACCGGCGCAGUCAGGCAGAUCUUUGGCGACUACAAGACCACCAUCUGCGGCAAGGGCCUGAGUGCAACGUUUGUGGGCAUCACCUAUGCCCUGACCGUUGUAUGGCUCCUGGUUUUUGCCUGCUCUGCUGUGCCUGUGUACAUUUACUUCAAUACCUGGACCACCUGCCAGUCUAUUGCCUUUCCUAGCAAGACCUCUGCCGGUAUAGGCACUCUCUGUGCUGAUGCUAGAAUGUAUGGUGUUCUCCCAUGGAAUGCUUUCCCUGGCAAGGUUUGUGGCUCCAACCUUCUGUCCAUCUGCAAAACAGCUGAGUUCCAAAUGACCUUCCACUUGUUUAUUGCUGCAUUUGUGGGGGCUGCAGCCACACUGGUUUCCCUGCUCACCUUCAUGAUUGCUGCUACUUACAACUUCGCCGUCCUUAAACUCAUGGGCCGAGGCACCAAGUUCUGAUCUCUCAUAGAAUUUCCCCUUUCUCUAAUAGCAAGGCUCUAACCACACAGCCUACAAUGCUGCAUCUCCCAUCUUAACGCUGCCUUUGCCGCUGUCUGGCCCUCGUAUUACUUGAUGAGUAUAACAAGAAAGGAGAGUCUUACAGUGAUUAAUGUCUCUCUGUGGACUCUCUCUUACGUACCUCUUUUAGUCAUUUUGCUUCAUAGCUGGUUCCUGCUAGAAAUGAGAAAUACCUGAGAAGGUCACUCCCCAACUGCAAGUCUCAAAGGAAUGGAGCUCUAAUUCAGUUUCCUAAGGACCAGGAAGUGCUUUCUUCUCAAAGGAAAGUGCUUUCUUCUCUGAUGGAAACGAAGUGGGAGGAAAGAUGCUCAGGUAGAUAGAAGGAAUGUCCUUGCUCCACUUGCCAUCAAUAGGGGCUAAAUACAUUCCCUUUGGUGUAUAAACCAGAGAAUUCACUUCUUGUCUCUCUAUUACCACUGAACAUAAAAGGAAAUAAAAGAAUGCUAGCAAAACAAUAAGAAUGUUUGCCCAAGUCUCCCUAUUGCAGCUGGGAGAAGGGGGUUGAAGCAAGGAUCUUUCACCCUUAGAAAGAGAGCACUUGACCCCCCAUGGCAAUGAACUAUUUAAGCCCUAACUCAGCCAACCUUACUUACUUCAUAAGGGAGUGUAGUAUCUAUGUAGACUAAGGGGAUUAUCUGUCCUUACACCUCAUUAGGAAGAGAAACUGUAGUGUCAGCAUCUUCCCAUUCCCUGCUCCUGGAUAAUAGCUACCAUGACAACAUCAUGGUUUCUAAGGAGCUGAGAAUAGAAAAAAACUAGCUCAUAAAGAAAGAAGACUGGUGUAAGGAGGAGCAGUGCUGGUGGCUAACAGUGUAACUUGAGCUGGCCAUUUGGUAGAGUCUGGUUAGAUAACAUUUGAAUAGCAUGUCUUUUUUUCUGAUAAUUAGUUGUGUACUCUGGUCUCUGUCCUAUCUUCACAAUGGUGCUCUUUUCCUGGGGUUUUAUCCAUUCAGUCACAGUAGGUGAUUUAAAGAUCUUGAUUUGUUUCAAAUGAUGCACAUCUCAUAUUUUCCAACCUGUUUCUCGUUUGAGAUUGUAUCAGAAAGGGCUGGAGAAUGAUUCUUUGAUUAUAAUUAUAGUUUUAAAAAAGAACAAUUGGACAGUAAGCAUCACAAAUGAUGUUUAAAAGCCACUAGCUCCAGGAAUCUACUGAGACUUUUUUUUGGCAAGUAUUCUGCCCUUUGCAGAAAUUGAUUUGAUGAAUUUGAACCUCAAUUUUAAUAACCCAUUUGAUCAUUUUUUCUGCCUAAUGAAGAUGAUUUUUCCUCAGUGAUAUUCUCUUGGCAUGCUAAAAGUUAGGCUUAGCAUAAAGGUUACUUUCUCCUCCUAUAGAUCACAUAACUAUGCCCCAGCAGUCAGCUAUUCAGUUGGUAAGCGCCCAUGGAAAAGGAUCAAAAGAAUUUGAAACCUGGGUAGUUCCCAGAUUUCAGUCUUUUCCUAUUUUUGUUAACUUGGGGUUAAAAAAAAUCCAAUUGGUUUUUAUUGAAGGCAAGAUUUUCACUGUAGCUCUUUUGUUGCAAAGAAUUGUGUUGUUCUUUCCUCCCAAAGUGGUUUCAGCAAUGUUUAAGGAGAUAUAAGAUCUUCACGAUAAGACACUUGAUACUUGUUUUCAGACCAAUAUACAAGAUAAGCUUCCAGGCUGCCCAGAGCAAAGAGAGGAAAAAGUUCUGUAAGAAACCAAUCAAGAUCAAGGAAGUGAAGUAAUCCAUACAUUGUGUUUUGUUUUGAUUCAAUAACAGUGAAUAACCAACCCUUCCCUGAAAACCUCACAUGCAUACAUACACACAUGUACACACACAGAGAGUUAAUCAACUGAAAGUUUUCCUUCAUUUCUGAUAUAGAAUUUUGAUUUUAACACGCAUAAAGAAUAAACUUUUAGGAACUUACCUUACAAAAUGUAUUUUAUAAAAUUAAGGAAAAUAAAAUUAAGAAUGUUCUCA